AUGGCUCAACCAGAGAGCACGAGCCUCGCAGGCGCGGUAGGCACGCCCAGCGACGAAUCGAGCGUCUCAGGUGCCAGCAGCAACACAUCAAUCCAGACGGCCACAAAGGUCGAGACAUCACCACCCGCCCCAGCCGCCCCAGCCUUUCCCCCACCAAAGACCGACAAGCCGCGGCCGCAUGUCUGCGCAACCUGUACACGAUCCUUCGCCCGAUUAGAACACCUGAAGCGUCAUGAACGCUCGCAUACCAAGGAGAAGCCAUUCGAGUGUCCGCAAUGCACCAGAUGUUUUGCACGGCGCGAUCUCUUACUGCGCCAUCAACAGAAACUACACCAGCAAGGCGCAACAACAACCCGUCCCCGCAAUGCCCGUAGAGAAAGCACGACCGGCCUACCACCAAAUCCCUCGGGACGCGUCCGUAAGAAUUCCGUUUCGAGCAAUGUGGGCAACCCAAACAUGCGACCGCGAGCAAACACCAUCAGCCACAUCGAUCCGAGUGCGCUGAACAGCUUCCUGGCUACGCACAGCGUAUCAUUAGGUCGGGGCCCCAUAGGACAUCAAGGCCACUCGCAUCAUGCCAGUCUUUCGGGUAUAGGUGGUUCAAAUCAAUUCGACUACAGGGGCAUGUCAACUGCUAUGGGUAAUCAUGGCCAGCACGGCCUCCCCCGGUUGGACACGCAUCUCGGUUUGGGUCUCGGUGGUGGUGGCCUACGUACAGCACCCAUCCACGGGGUCGGCUCGGAUGAUUUGGAACUGGAGAAAUUCUUCGGAGCCUCGUCGGGUUCAACAAUCAACCCUAACCAGCUGCAUCAUUUUACGGGCGCCAUUGUCAAUCCGCAAUCGCCUUUUAGACAGUUUGCCAAUCCUUUUGCGGGGAACAAUCCGAUCGAGGAAGAUGACUUUGCUUGGAGUGCUGGUCUGGAUAGCUCAAUGAUGUUCCCUGGGGCAAAUGAGUCAGCUGUAGAUGGGUCGUCACCUUCGGCCAUUAGUACUGCCAGCCAGGGCGGAUUCAACGAAGUGAUGCUAGAUGGAUCAGGGCAGCCCACGUCUUCAGCCAUGUGGCAUAAUCCUUUGGCUACUCAUACCAACAUGAACACAACAGCAUAUACGCUUGAUACCAUGGCUCCAGUAUUUCCUGAACUGAUGAUGACUUCUCUUACACCACAGGACCUUGGCGAUCAUGGUGUCCAAAACGACUUUUUCAUCAAUUCGCCUCCUCCACUAUCGGGCAUGAGCCCUUCAGCAGGCAUUCCUGGCAUGCCAAAUCAGUACUUUCAGGCCGCCCCCAUGACCUUCAAUUCAGACACUGGAAGCAUCUCCUCCUCUUCGAUCAACGGAAGCGCCAGGCACAGCUCUGUGACAUCGGUGUCGACAGAGUCAAUAACAGAGUCCACAAGACAGGCCCUCAUCUAUAACUUAUCGCAGGCUAUGGGAUUGGGCCAUUCCCAACGGAAAUUCUCACAGCCACAGGUUAGCUCACCGCUCUCCAUGUCAGGAGCAGUGAAGAACCUUGGCUCAGCGGCCACACUUCCGAGUACCAUGGACAUACAACGCUAUGUGAAUGCCUACAUUCAGUACUUCCAUCCUCACCUUCCCUUUUUGCAUAUUCCUACAUUGUCUUUCGACACUCCAGCCUACACAUACCAUCUUCGUACUGCCGGCAACCUCAACCAUGAUGGCAUGGUGGGUGGCGGCGGCUGUCUGAUACUUGCCAUGGCAGCCAUCGGUGCUCUUUAUGAGUUUGAGCACAAUGUGGCCAAGGAGUUGUUCGAAGCGGCAAAGAAGUUGAUCCUCUUCUAUCUGGACGAACGACGCAGGGCUGGACUUUCUGCUGCAGUCAACGGCCCCAACACCACAAACGACUCGGCCAAUAAACCUCCUCUCUGGCUGGUCCAAGCCAUGUUACUCAAUCUGAUUUUCGGGCACAAUUGCGGUGAUCGGCAAGCGGCUGAGGUUGCCAGCACACAUUGCGCAGCACUCGUGAGUCUUGCCCGAGCAGCCGCGCUGGACAAGCCGGCUACUCCAGAGUCCAUGGCCCAUAGCCCACUCAGCCAUGCGACUAGUGACGAUGUACCUAUGGUCGACGAGCCAGGCACCUGCCAAGAUCCGCAAAGCGACAGCGUGGACGAGCAUAGCCAAUGGAUUCAAUGGAAAAAGAUUGAGGAGCGCAAGCGAACCUACUUCGCCGUGUUCUCCAUGUCGAGCUUACUUGUGUCUGCAUAUGCACAUGCUCCUCGCAUUCUGAAUUCGGAAAUUCGCCUUGAUCUUCCCUGCGAAGAAGAUCUCUGGUCUGCUGAUAACCCACAAGCGUGGAUGGCUAUGGGUGGCCCAAUGAUUGCGCAGACCAGAGGGUUGUCCUUCAAUGCCGCCAUGACCUAUCUUCUCGAGGCGAGCACAAGACAGUCUGGCGCACGCAUGCACGGCUCCUACGUACAGGCAUUUGGGGGCAAUCAGCCCCUUAAUGAGAGUGCCGGAAGCGAUAUACGCCCCAGCACGUUUGGAUGCUAUGUUCUGAUCAACGCGUUACACGUCUAUAUCUGGGAGACCAGACAGAGACAUACUGGGCGCUUGUGGAAGGCACAAGAAACUGAAGCUAUGCACGCCCAAGUCGAGCCUGCUCUCAAAGCCUGGCAGGCUGCUUGGCGGGCUAAUCCAAACCAUAGUCUGGAACGACCCAGUCCAUUUGGUCCCUUGUCUGCCGACUGCAUACCACUGCUCGACCUAGCUUACGUUAGACUUUUUGUAAAUCUUGGCCGAGCGAAGGAGCUUCUAUGGCAACGGGAUUUCGAUGGCAUGGCCAACGAAUUGGCUAGAGGCGUCGAUAUUGUGGGUCAAGCUGACGGAACGCCUGAGAGGUCUUCAUCUGCAGAGACCAAGUCAGUGUCACCGGGACAGCUCGGACAGCUUGACAUUGACCCCACGAACCAUCUCAGCCCUGGCCAGACCAGUGCCAAUUUCCAAUCCAGUCAUGCCACAAAACGCGAAAAGCACUUGCGCAAAGCUGCGUUUUAUGCUGCCGACUCGUUAUCCAUGGCAGACAAGUUGGGGGCUACCUAUGCCGACUUUACUGCAAGGGAAUUACCCAACUCAUCAGCUUUGUGUACGUUUGAUUGCGCGCAAGUGCUGGCGGAAUGGGUUGCAACCGUUCAAGAUCGAGUGGGUCGUUUCCUGGGUAUACUCGGCAAGGAUGAGAUUGACUAUCAUGCUGUUCCUGCGAUAAUGCUCCUGGAAGAGGAGGACGUAAAACUCCUACAAAAGGUUUCGGAUAUUCUCCUCCAUGCUGACAUGAAGUUGGCAUACGACAUCUCUUCGAGCUCGCUACCUAUGCUCGGUGGUCUCUCUAAUCUUGGCCAUUGUGGUUAUGGCACAAAGCUGCUUAUUGUGACAGCCUACAUGCUGUCCAAGGCUGCUGUCUGGCCAGUCACGCAUGUUCAAGCACGUGCCCUUGAAUCACACGCCAAUUUUCUCAACCAGCGUGCCGAGAACUCUGUCCUCUCUUCGCAGGCAGGGCACAUGCAACGACCAGCCUUCUCUUGGUUUUACGACGCAUAUCGGGCAGUAUGCAACGCCGUCCAACGCCGAGAUGAUUCUGUUACGAAUGCAAUGUCUUCUCAGGAUCUGGAUUUCAGGAUCCAGGUCAAGGUCUUUGAUCUUCAGAGGAUUCUUUACGACUACGUUGCCUUUGUCUGA